AUGCCUUCUAUUCCUUUCAAACAGUGGGCGGCGGUGCUUGAGCAGCACGGCAAGCCUCCAGUCAUUGUUAAAGACAGACCUAUCCCAGAAGCCGUUCCGGGCAGUAUCGUUGUGAAGAUCCUCGCCACACCACUAUCACGUUACGCAAGAACCGCGCUCGACGGCACGAUCCCUGCUCCCCUCCUCGAUACGCCCUUUGUCCCGUGCCCCAAGAGCUCUCGGACACGUGUACAAGCUCGCGAUGAUCCAAACGUAUUCAUCAUGCAAGGAAACGUCAAGGGGCCGCCUAGCGACAAGACAGACAUAUUGGCCAAAGGAGAGUUUCGUGACGGUGCUCUUCAACAGUAUCAGCGCGUCCCACUCGAGAAUGUCUACCGUAUAGACGAGACACUCGUCAGAAAGUUGGGCGUCGACCUAAUCAACCUCUUCUCCAUCAGCGCAUUCUCUCCAGCCGCUGGAGCCAUAUUUGAGUCAGCGAACCUCAAAGCCUGCGACACAAUCAUCAUUGGGCCAUCGGGUGGAUCGUUUGGUGGAAGUGCUGUUGAGUUGGCCUUGGCGGUUGGAGCAAACGUCGUUGCUCUUGGACGUAACGCGAAAUUGUUACAAGCCAUGAAGAAUAGCUUGAAGUCUUCUCGGCUCAGCACCGUUCUCAUGACGGGCGACGUCGAGACCGAUGCCGCUGCUAAACUCGCGGCCACGCCUGGUGGUGGAGGGGCAGACAUUUUCAACGAUUGGUCUCCAGGUGGUGUCACUGUCGCUCCCUUUCUACCGGCGGCUAUUCGAGCGCUCAAACGAGGCGGGCGAAUCGUGAUCAGCGGCGGAGCUUACGGCUUGUUGGAAGUUCCGUACAUAUCAAUGGUGUUCAACAAGUUAUCGGUCGAGGGCUCCUUCAUGUGCAAUCGCGAGUCUAUGAUAAGACUAAUUCACAUGAUCGAAUCAGGACAGCUUGAUAUCAGCACUGGAAGUGGCACUCAGGUUCGAAAGUUUGGACUCGACGAGGCAUGCCUAGGCAUGCCGGGAGUGUGUGAGGACAUUCCCUAA